CGUAAGCCAAACAGACAUGGAUGGAUGUGGGGCGAUGGUCCAGUGGAUACCUGUCCCUAGCAAAACAAUGACAGUGAUGGUCACUGGGAUAUGGGGCUUCAUGGAAGAUCAUUCCUUUCGACUUACUGAAAUUUGUUGUAUUCCUGUGUGACUGAGACAAUUGAAAUCUUGCAGAGCUGGGUGAAACAAUAUGGACUGCUUGAGGCUGGCAAGCCUCCGUUGCUUACUAAUUUUGAGCUGCGGAGAUGUUGAGAGAAACCCUGGACCUCCCCCAGAAACGUCUCCAAGAUCAGAAGUGUUGCGUCGAUUCAGACGUUGCAUACAGUCUGAACUUGUGAAGCAUAUAUACAUUGACAAUAAGCAUGACCUCCCAACACACCUGUACGAAAGAGAUCCACCAGGUUGGAACAAAUUUGAUAAAGAAACUAAGUUUGAAAAUAUAUGCAACAUAAAGACAGGCGGCAGUCAAACAUUUGAUAAGCUAGUUAAAUUAUUUAAGAAGGAUGUGAGACCUAUUCCCAGGGAUAUAUUGGAUGUGAUUGUUUGCUAUGAGAAGCUGAGAGAUUCAAAAAGGAAUCCCGAUGAGGCAAAGUGGAAGGUCGCCCUAGAAAACUAUGUUUCUCAAAAUAAGUCAAUCAAAAAUAAACAAGCAGUGAUUGACAAUCUUGACGAUAAUCUCUUCAUUGAAGUUUUAAAAAAGGCAGCAGAAAAGGCCAAGCAAGGCAUCAUAGGAUCAACAGAUGAUGGAGUUAACAACAUCAUUGUUGCUGUCGAACAAGUUUUAGAUGCAAUGGAACAUAAAACAAAUCAUACGGUGGAGAAAUCCAAAUCCGCAGGGAAAAAGAGGCAAGCAACUGAGACAGUUACUAAGAUACAGCAAGUAAAAAGGAAUAAAUGUUUCUCCUCUAAAGGAACUGGUGUAAAAGGAAAGAAGAAAUUAAAGGUUGAACCAGGCAGCUCUGCAAAAGAUUGUCCAGGAGAUCGAAGCAAUAUGGCCGUUCCCUGUGCACCAAUUUCUGAGCCACACUUUCCAGGAUGCUUAGCUGACGUAAUUGGACCAGAGAUGGCACAGUAUCAACCAGUUUCAAUGAAGCAAAUGAAAGGAAAAGGGAGAAAGAGAUUGUCACAGGGCCAAUAUAAAGAAACUGGUUUUAAAGGAGGGAAGAAAUUGAAGAGAACCUCAAACAAAGGAGCCAUAAAUAUAGCCACUCCUCAAGAAUGGGAAGUUCAGGCCCCCCAGCAAUCAGAAAGAUUCAUCAACAUUGUUGAACCAGGCAGCUCCAUUGAGGACUCUCAGGGUGACCAAAGCAAUAUGGCUGGGUUCUAUACCAAUUCAGCUGAGCUGAGAUCUCUUUUAGAAUGUUUCUCUGGCAGUGUACCAAAGACAGCACAUUACCAAGAUUCACCUCCAUCUCCUCCUUACUGUCAUGGUAUAGUUGAAGACAGUCGUAUCGAUAACAUUCAGGUUUCUGAGAAUCAUACAGUUUCAAGUUUCUUAAUGGACCAAGAGAAUCUCAGCUCUGCAGCUGAUAAAUUUGGAAUCAACUAUAACUGGGGAACCUUUUCUUCUGGCAUUCCCAGCUCAGAGCAUAUAUCUGCUUUUUCCAGUGUUAAUAAUGCUCUUCAUGGCCAUACGAUUCCUCAGGAUUUUAUACCAUCAACAGUGCAAGAAUUUGAUACAACUAUAUCUGAUUCAGGAGAACUUGCAGACAUUAUGAAGUUAUUGGAUGAUUUUUAGGGCCUAUUCCAAGAAACAGUUAGAUCCCUCUCACUAUCUGUGAUAGAACAUUGUGCAGUUAAAAUUGUGUACUAUAAGUUGUACCAAAGGUGCAAUUUUUAGCUGUUGACAAUGAUUUGAAUAGGUGCAUGAAUUUAUUUUGGAGGCAUGAAUUCCUAUUCAUCGAUGUGAAUUAUAGUGAGAUCUACAAAUGUACAUUUAGAUGUUAGUGAGAAUAUCUGUAACUCACAGGAGUAUAGGUUUUGUAUGUCUACAGAGAUUAACUAUGCAAAGUGGUUGUGAUGCCAAAUGCACGCAGAGAUUUGUUCUAUACAUAAACAUAUACAUGAUACACAUGUACAUGAAAUCUAAUUUUUGGACAUGCAGGUGUAAACCUAAUGUAUCUAUGAUAAAAUUCAUGCCUUCAUGAUUUUAUAUUCUUAAUACAAGUUGAUGCAAAAGGAUAAAAUGGUAAAAUAAGGAGUCUACAGUAUACAAUUACUGUAGUAGCUGUUGUUUUGUAUGCAAUACUCUUUACAAUUAUUGUGUUGUUUUUAGACAAUUUCAUAUGAUUUUUACGAUGUGUUGACUUAAUUAAGGAAAGGCUUUGAAACAAUUUUUAUUAAAUUUUAUGAACCAUAUUAGCCGGUGGAUAUAUUGUAGAACAAUAUGUGUCAUGCUGUAUACAAUGUUUUAUUCUUAUGUUCUUUCAUAUUUAAAAUAUGAUACUAGUUCACCAAAGAACCAAAAUAGCAUUGUCUAACUUUGUUUGAACCAUGCAAUGGUAGACCCUUCAAAGGGUAAGGAAUUGGACUUUAAUUACAUUAAGUCUUUCAUUACAUUGACAAAUUGUUUACAAAUUAUUCAUCUAUUUCAUCGAUAAAAUACCGGUUCUGUAUAAACAUAGCAAGAUUACCAUAAUAUGUUCUCAACAACUUGUACACUGUACAAAUUUUAGGAAUGUAAACAAAAAAUUGGACCAACAAAUUAGUUAUCCACUAAGGUCAGUAAACGAAAUAAACAUUAAUUUACCCAGGUACUUAUAUUUAAUAGCAAGUUUUUCUAAUAUUACCAGUAAACCAUUUUUACCACGUUAUUUUUUUGUUUAACAUAGUACUAACAAUGGGUGUGCAAAUCAUACACAGGUGCAUAAUAUACACGAGACUUGCCAUACAAUGUAUUUAUUCACUUUAUUAAAGUUUAUACAUGUAAUUAAUGUUGAGCAAUCUCAUGCAACAUAUAUUAAUUGAAGUGCAUUAAAGAGAAAAAUAACGGGUUGACGUCACCAUUGUCCUUAUCAAAACUCAUAUAGAUUUUGAACUGAUAUUCAAUAGUCAAAGAAAUUUUUUUAUUGAAGGGUUUUUGUCUUAACUGCGCAAGCAUUUUUAAGUUUUGGUUGUUUCUUCCAAGAUAUGUAUGAAUUUGAGAAAUAAACUUCAUAAAUUUUUAUAUGUGACAGUCUUAGCUUUUUUAUGAUCUCUAAAUUCUGUCUCACUGAGCAGCUCUUUGUGUAGCAGCUAAGGUACAGCAGCAGGAUUUUAUUACUGGUAUCAGAUCUUGUCAUUUAUCCACUUUGAACAAAUCAUUUCUACUCAAACAUUUUUAGACACCAUUUUAGUUCAUAAAAAAUUUUAAGACAUAUUAAAGAAAUAUUUUAUACUAUUUUAUAUGUGUUGAUAAUUUUUUUUAGGUACAUGUAUUUAAUUUAUUAUUAAAAGUAUAUCAAAUGUGAUAUACAAAUUAUUGGUUUUUGAACUGUUAUUGUUGGUUCAAUUGUUAAUGAGAAUGAAAAUAAAAUUGAAUUUUUACAGAAAAUGUUUGUUGUUUCUUUAAACAGUCAAUAUUAUACAAAUUUUGACUGGGGUUGAGGGCAACAUUGAUUAUAUUAGCCCCCGAGGGAUGAAAUAUUGCAGGAUGCGAAGCGAACUUCGUCCGUUGGGGGCUUAUUUAAUCAAUGUUGCCCGAAAACUCGGUCAAAAUUUGUUUUGUUAUAUGCAGGAACAAACCAAAAUUUAAGAAAGGAUUUGAGAUCGCUACUAUUUUUUCAGCUCAACAUAGAUCAAAUUCACGAAUUCAGUUUUACACAAACUUCAUUUCCAAAAUAUCGUCGGCAUCAAACUGUCGUAUCAACAAAUUAGGAAAUAGAGGGAAUAUCCUGUAGAUAUUAUUCCUAGCCAGUCAAUAUUAAAA